AAUAUGACCCUUAAGGGUGGCACAAGCCAAGCUUGCGCUGCAUGUAAGUACCAAAGGAGAAAAUGCUCAUCCGAGUGCCCUCUUUCUCUAUACUUCCCUCCUGAACAACCAAAAAUGUUUCAGAAUGCUCACAAGUUGUUUGGUGUCAGCAACAUCUUGAAGAUACUAAAGAAUUUGCAGCCAUGUCAAAAGGCUGAGGCAAUGAGGUCUAUCAUUUACCAAGCUAAUAUCCGCGACAAGUUCCCCGUGUAUGGCUGUUGGGGGAUCAUCUGCCAACUACAAUACCAAAUUCUACAGGCUGAGGAGGAGCUUCAUGCUGUUCAUGCGCAACUUGAGAUGUACAGGCAACAUCAGCAUCACAUUUCUUCUCUGCCUGAUGACAUGGCCGCUUCGCAAUUAGAAUUAGGCAUGGCGCCGCCUAGUACUAAUGCUCUUUCACUCUUCAAUCACACUCCACAGCCUUACAAUGCUGUGGAUGCUUUGCCUGUAACACAACAGCAGCAUUCUUACUGGAAUAGCAACAGGGCUGCUUACAACUCUGGUUACAUGGAUACUAAGGAUAACGUGGGAAAUCCAUUUUGGGUUCAACAUUCUUAUGCCAAUAAUGAUAACAACAGUAAUAAUUCUUUGGCAAUUCAAUCUGAGUUGGUCUCCUCGCAACCACUAGCUAUCCAACAUGAAGUAGUUCAUGAUUAUGAUGAGAUUCAUCCAUUUUUCGAUACCAUCGAUGAUAGGCAAUCCUACAUAGAUUCCAAGGAGCCUUAUGAGUCAAGCUCGGAAGAAUCAUUGAAAGAUACAACCCAGUCCGUUGAACAAGUUGCUGAGAAUGAAUUGAAGAGUGCCGCUGCUUGCUUCAGUCUUACAAGUGUCAACUGA